GUACAUACGGUAGAAAGUGAUCAAAACAGAUGCUAGUAUCACAUAAGAAGCAAUGAAGCUGUUCGAUUUCCGUGCCGGGAAGGAAAAGGCUCCCAAGGAAACUGGGGAGUCGUUCGAAACAUCCAGCGGGGCAGACGCUUCCUCGACGCCUUCUCCUUCCGCAAAUGGAGUGAAUGAAUGACAAUGCCUGCCUUGUAGCUCCACUCAGUCCGCCCGCCCGAUCGCAAACCAGGGCGAUUCUGCUUGCUUCUUUCUCUUUUUCCAUUCCGGGAAGACGUAAGGAUAUCCUUUGACGUUGCUCUCAUCGACUUGGUUGUUCAGUGAAUUUUUCUUCACUAUUUUUUUCAGAGGUGAAGACCUUAUUAUGGCGCUGAGGGAAUUGGACGAAGCUCCAAAACCAACGCCCAAGAAGGCAGGUGCUACUUCAAAGGCCAUCUUGAAUCAGAAGUACGCUAGCAAGGCUUGCUAUAUAAUUGAAGAAGUGAAUGACGAAUCAACAAACAAUGCAUGUCCUGGAUUAGCCAUACCACAACAGGGACAAAUUAAAUUCCGCUGCCGCUUAGAAUUACCUGAGUUCACUGUUGUUUCAGAUGUCUUCACCCGGAAGAAAGACGCAGAGCAGGCUGCAGCAAAGAUGGCAUUGGAGAAGCUUGGUAUCCUACUACCAAACAGCACCCUUACAAUGAAGGAGCAAUGGGAAAAAUUGGUUUCACGCCUUUCUUUCUUAUUUAAAGAUGAGUUUCUCAAAUCAUCUCAUCCGUUAGUUGCCCACUUCGAAGCAGCACUUCUACAAAGACAAAGGGUCGAGAUUUUGCUGCCUGCUUCUGUCUUUCCUGUCUGUGAUGUGCAGCUUUUUAAUUUGUGCAAGUCCAUCAACCCAAAUGCUGAAGUUGAUCCACUAAUACCUUUGGCACUUACAAUGAAGGCUGCAAAACAGUCUAAUUUUAUCUAUACCUCAAGGGACAAACUCUGGAUAUCAAGACAAACUUCAGGGGGGAUCCAGCCAUUGUUUGAAAAGAAUUUCAUAGCAACAGAAAACAUCCAGACAGAAGCUAUUUUUAUUCCUUGCUGUAUGAAGAAACCUGUUGAAGCAUUUCAUCUUGAAGUUGCUGCUAAUGAAUAUUAUGUUGAUGUUAUUGCCCAAAAGCUUGGUGUCAUUGAUUCUUCUCAAGUUUUGAUUUCAAGGGCUGUUGGCAAGAGUUCCUCUGAGAUUAGAUUAUACUUUCCUGUACCAAAUAAUCCAAUUUUGGAUUAUGAUUCAUGUGUGGAAGAUCUGUCUACUGUUAAAGAAACUACUGAUCUUCAGUCAGUUCUAAAUGUGCGGGCUUCCUACUUCUCUGGGCAAACAGUAUAUGGCGAUGCCAUCUUAGCAGCUCUUGGUUACACAUGGAGAUCUGCUGGAAGCCUUUUUCAUGAAAGUAUCUCCCUGGCUUCCUAUUACAGGAUGCUUCUUAGUAGGCUGCCUGAUGGUAAUUACAAGAUAUCAAGAGAUGCACCUCUCGCAGCGGAGUUGCCUUUGGCUUUUACAGCACGUUCAAACUGGCGGGGGUCCUUCCCAAGAGACCUGCUGUGCACGUUCUGCCAUCAGCAUCAUUUGUCUGAACCUGUGUUUUCAGUUACUUCUUCAGAAGCACCAUUGAAGGCAAUGGGCGAACAGGAAAAGCUAGAGUCGGAAAAUCCACUGGAGGUAGAUAAGUUGAGAAAUAGGAGGUUAGAUGGUGAAGAAAACGGGGAAUCUUGUGGUGAUGGCUCAACCAAAUCUUUGUAUAGAUGCACACUGACAGUGUUGACAAAAAGAGGUGAUAUUAUAAUAGAAUGUUCUCCUGGGGAUUUCUAUCGGAGCAAAAAUGAUGCUGUUCAGAGUGCUGCCCUGAAGGUCUUAGGUUGGUUGAGUAAAUGCUUUAAACAAUUUGAUUUUCCAGUGGAGAAGUUUGUUUGUCUUGGAAGUGCUCAUGGAAUUCAUGUUUCAGUGUCAAAUUUUUCACAACAAUUUUCAAAACAAAUUACACUCUAUGGGUCUCUUCACAAUGUUCAGCAGAAAAAUGCUUCUAUAAAACGAAGGCUAAGUGAUGCAAUUAAUGGCAGAAACCAACCAAACUCCCCACAUGAAAAUGGAAAGAUCCAUUUUAAUAUUGAAGGUCCUGAUUCUGGUAUCUAUGCUUCCAAUGGAUCUUUGGCAUGCAUAAGCUAUGCUGUUUUCUGGGUGAAUGGUGAUCAGAGAAACUGUGUGGACAGGAAUGAGCAAUUUGAGUUUGAAAUGGGUGUGGGUGCUGUUAUUUUCCCUGUUGAGGAUUGUGUAAGUCAGAUGUCUGUUAACCAAGUGGGCAAUUUCAUUACUUCUGUUCCCUCUGAGGAGUUGAUCCAAGCUUUGAACAAUAAAAUUACAGCAUUUCCCUCUUCUUUCCCAUAUGAUGGUUGUUUGGAAUAUAGUAUCAAGUUGUUGCAAAUCACAGCACCUAUGGAGGAUAGGAUGGAACAGGCAUUCUUUAAUCCCCCUUUGUCAAAACAAAGGCUAGAGUUUGCUUUAACAUACAUCAGAGAGUCUCGGGCUUCUACCUUGGUUGAUUUUGGUUGUGGAUCAGGAAGCUUGUUGGAUGCUUUGUUUCAGCAUGACACAACACUGGAAGAGAUUGCAGGAGUUGACAUUUCACAGAAGAGUCUAAGUCGUGCUGCUAAGACGCUCUAUUCCAAUUUGAGCAGGAAAAGUGGAUUGCAGCUGCAACAUACAAAUUUCAAAACUGUUGUUCUUUACGAAGGUUCAAUCAUAGAAUUUGAUCAUCGAUUAUAUGGAGUUGAUAUUGGAACUUGUUUGGAGGUCAUUGAACAUAUGGAGGAGGAGCAAGCAUGUGUUUUUGGGAACCUUGUCUUAAGUACUUUCUGCCCACAUAUCCUUAUAGUUUCAACACCCAACCAUGAAUAUAACUCAAUAUUGCAUAGAAGUUCUACAGAAAUGAAUAUUUCCACCGACGAAGCCCUCGAAGAGAUAGCACAAGCACAGCCUUAUAGGUUCCGUAACCAUGAUCACAAGUUUGAGUGGACAAGGUUACAAUUCAACCAAUGGGCUGUGGAUCUUGCAUCAAGGCACAAUUACAGUGUGAAAAUCAGUGGUGUGGGAGGAGCUGCUGACACUGAACCAGGUUUUGCAUCUCAAAUUGCAGUUUUUCAAAGAAAAGCGACAAAAGAAGCACCAAAGGAAUGCUCUCAAGAAGACAUGUCCCUCCCUUACAAGGUCAGAUGGAAAUGGGGCGUCAAUUGAUAUAUGCAGUCUUUUGCUACUAUUUAGCCACCUAAUGUUCUUUUCUCUGUUAGCUGCUUAUAUUGAAGUUUCGGUAAACAAUGCAUGAAAAUUUAUUUCACUGCCUAUACAAAGACUUGUAAAGCAUUCCUCGGAGUUUGUUCAAGUUUCUUGUAUAUUCAAGUUUAUUCUCUCCAACCGAACAUGCUGCCAUACUAUGUGCAUGGAACAUGAGUGGGUUUAGAGUCUGUGUUGUGACAAAGUGGGAGGGAGAGAGUUUUUGGUAUUAGUGGUAUCUUCUGCUUGCAAAUGGUUAAAGAGUGGUAUUAAGAAUUGUAAUUCCACACUGAAGCUAAAGAAAAAAAGGAAAGGAAAGUUUUUAUAUUUGUGAAUCUAUGGGUUUUAGGUUCUGAAUUUCGAGUUGUCCAAACCUGACUGUGUUGCUGUGUUGCUGUAUGUUUGACUUUCAAUAUAGAUUGUAUUUUAUGCAGUCUGAUUUAUAUUUACUUCA